AUGUCAGACUCCAACACAACCGACAUCACCAACCCCUCCACCUUCAUCCUGCAGGGCAUUCCUGGUCUUGAGGCAGCCCAUGUCUGGAUUUCCAUCCCCUUCUGCACCAUGUACAUCAUAGCCAUCUUGGGGAACGUCACUAUCCUGUUCAUCGUAAAGAUAGAGCAGAGCCUCCAUGGGCCCAUGUACUAUUUCCUCUGCAUGCUGGCCAUCACCGACCUGGUCCUGUCCACGGCCACCGUGCCCAAAAUGCUGAUUAACUUCUGGUUCAAUUCCAGGGAAAUAGAUUUCAAUGCCUGCCUCACCCAGAUGUACUUCAUUCACUGCUUCUUAAUGAUGGAGUCUGGGAUCCUCAUGGCCAUGGCUUUGGAUCGCUACGUGGCCAUCUGUGAUCCCCUGAGACAUUCCACAAUCCUGACAAAUUGUGCUGUGGCCAAGGUUGGACUAGCCGUGGUGCUGCGCUGUGGCAUAAUUGCAUUGCCCUUUCCCUUACUAGUGAGGCAGUGGCCAUAUUGCAGAACCAACAUCAUCCCCCACACAUACUGCAAGCACAUAGCUGUGGUAAAUCUGGCCUGUGCCGACACGCGCAUCAGUAGUUACUACGGCCUCCUUGUGCUCUUCUCUGUAGCAGGUCUGGAUCUGCUUUUUAUCACCAUGUCCUAUAUCCAGAUCCUCAGGGCCAUCUUCAGCCUUCCCACAAAGGACGCCCGGCUCAAGACUUUUGGGACCUGCGGCUCCCACCUUUGCUGCAUUUUAUCUUUCUACCUUCCAGAAUUCUUCUACUCCCUCAUGCACCGGUUUGGCGACAAAGUGCCUCUUCAUGUCCUUGUUCUCAUUGCCAAUGUGUAUCUUCUGGUGCCCCCCUUGCUUAACCCCAUCAUCUAUGGGGUAAGGACAAAACAGAUCCGGGACAGGCUGCUCCGGCUCUUUACUCGUAAAGGGACCUAA